GUGCAGUUUCAAAACUUCAAAAACCCUGGUGUUGAAAUUGAAAAUCUCAUUUCGCUGUAGCACGCACAACAAUACCGAACAAUACCAAAACAGUCGUGAAUUGUGUUCGUUAAACAAAUUUUAGGGUUUCACUUUACGUCCUCAAUCCGUACUACUUCGCAUACAAUUUGAACUUCUAAUCAUCAGAUUGUUGUUAACUUCUACAAGGUUUGAUGGCUCGUGAAUGGACUGGGAUUCAGCAGUUUCCGCUUGCAACACAGACAAAGUUGCUGGAGUUACUGGGAACACUAAAGGAGAAGUCGAGGGACAGUUUGACGAUUCUUGUAAUGGGGAAGGGUGGUGUCGGGAAAUCCUCCACUGUGAACUCCAUUCUUGGGGAACGCGCAGUUGCAGUCAGUGCAUUUCAGUCGGAUGUACCACGGCCCGUAAUGGUUUCCCGUGAGCGCUCAGGGUUCACAUUGAACAUCAUUGACACACCUGGCAUUGUUGAAGGAGGAUACGUCAACGAUCAGGCCCUGCAACUCAUCAAAAGGUUUCUUUUGAACAAGACCAUAGAUGUUUUGUUAUACGUUGACCGGUUGGAUUCCUAUAGAGUGGAUAAUCUGGACAGACAAAUUGUAAAGGCAAUAACCGAGAGUUUCGGCAAGGAAAUAUGGCGUAAAGGAGUUGUAGUGUUAACGCAUGCUCAACUUACGCCACCAGAUUGUCUUAGUUACGAUGACUUUUUUGCAAGAAGAUCAGAAGCCGUUCUUAAAGUUGUAGACUCUGGGGCCCGCUUCAAGAAACAUGAAAUUCAGGAUCAUGUGAUUCCGGUUGUCUUGGUUGAGAACAGUAGCAGGUGUAAUAAAAACGACAAUGGAGAAAAGAUUCUCCCAAAUGAUACUGUUUGGAUUCCCAGCAUAGUUGAAACCAUCACAAACAUUGCUACAAACGAAAGCAAAAGCAUUGUUGUUGACCAAAAGCUGAUUGAUGGCCCGAAUGCAAAUGAAAGAGGGAAAGUGUUCAUUCCUCUCAUCUUAGCGUUCCAGUAUUUCUUUGUUAUUAAACAACUUCAAAAAUGGAUCAAGGAUGAUAUUGCUAAAGCACCCAAGUCUUCUUGGGAAUGAUAUCUUCUUCUUUGGCUGCUUGUAUCUUGGUUAAACCUUGUUUUUAUCUGAGUUUAGGACACAAUUGUUCGUGGCGAUUUUAACUUGGAAAAUAACCCAGGUGUCGAUUCAGACGUUUUUUUUUUGUUGAUUAUGUGAGUUUGUGGUGUUAACAUGCUUUGUUCUGAUA